ACUUUCGUAAAUCUAUGGCUAAAUUAAUGAAAACUUAUAGCAGUAACACACUGGUUUCUGGUUUCCGGAAUGGAGUGAAGAAAUUCCAGAAGUGUGGGAGUGUCAAACCCCGAGGACCUGGGCACUAAUCGCGUAAUUUGCCGGAAACUUUCGAGCUCACGUCGCCAAACUUUGACACGAUAGUCGCAAAAAUGUCCGCCAAAUGAGCCUUUAGAUCAGACUACUUUCCAAAUCCAGCCAUCAUGCCGGACAGAAUAACUGUCAGAAGCUUCCUAAACGAAGCCAGGGAGGACGUGUCCUCGCCAACAACCUCGAAUUUCAUGUCUACGAUGAACGCUUGCCGGAACACCGUAGGAGCGCUGGAGGAGAGUCUUGAUGAAGAUUACAAUAUACUCAACAAAUUAAAGAAAUCAAGCAAGGCUGUCCAUGCUGCAGGAUUAAAUUAUUCAACAAAUCAGUUGUCUUUAGCAGAAAGUCUUGAAAAGCUGGGUACAUCUUCCCUGUCAAAGGAAGCAGACACUGGGAUUGGUACUGCAUUCCUAAAAUUUUCUGUUACAGCUAAGGAGCUCUGUUCAGCAAUGAAAACAUUGUUUACCAACUACCACAACAUGGUUCUGUUUCCUCUUGACUCUCUAUUGAAAGGAGAUAUGAAAGACGUGAAAGGAGUAAGUACAAUUUAAGUUCUACCAUCCUGAGAUACAGUUGUAAGCUUGAAACUUGUCAUGAAUGAAUGAAAAUUUGAAUUAGAAUCCAGC